GAGACAGACAGAGAGAGAGAGAGAGAGAGAGAGAGAGAGACAGAGAGAGAGACAGAGAGAGACAGAGACACAGAGAGAGACAGAGAGAGAGACAGAGAGAGAGACAGAGAGAGACAGAGAGAGAGACAG